CGACAACUAACAACCGGCUUCUGGUAGCGGCACAAACAAUCUUAAAAAAAGUCAUGCAAACUCAAAAGACGACACGAGGAUUUUCUGUCCGAGCGUUUUCAGAAGGUCUGAAGAGGAGGCUAUCCCCAAAGGGAAAAGAAAUACAACAACCGAAAGGAAUACUUCGGAACAACUCAUCUGAAUCUAUAUCAUGUGUUUACUGUGAUCAAAACAAUAAUACCAGAUCUUACACAGGAACAGAUACUCUCCGCAGCCGGAUUGGCAAUAUACCAGGAUGCCAGACGUGUGCAGCAAUGAAUACGGACAAUUCGUCUAAAAAGAGCGUUAGAUUUAACACCGUUGUUCGGGAGAGGAACUACAUAAGAUCGGAUGAGGAAAAUCCGACAAACAGGAAGUACAGAAAAGUUUCAUCGGACUAUAAUAGUGCAAAAACCACAAAACCUUGCUUUCAAGCAGCAAUGUUCGCAUGCAGUAUAUGUCACAUAACAAUGAAAACUGAGAGUGAAUUCAUAACACAUCAAAGAAAACAUGGAAUGAAUAACACUCAAAUUUUCCAAUAUCAGAUGCCACACCAGUACCAGGAUUAUAGACCAAUAUCCCCACACAUGUUUGUUCGACAGUAGGCCGAUUUGGCUACAUAUGUUUGUUCGGCAGUAGACCAAUAUCGCCACCAAUAUUUGUUCGACAAGAGGCCAAUUUCGCCACACAUGUUUGUUCGACGGUUGGACAAAAUCGAUACUUCGACAGUAGGCCAAUUUCACCACAAAUGUUUUCUCGACAGUAGGCCAAUUUCGUCACAAAUGUUUUCUCAACAGUAGGCCAAUUUCGCCACUAAUGCUUGUCUGACAGUAGACCAAAUGCGCCAAACAUGUUUGUUCGGCAGAAGACACAAAUGCUUGUUCGACAGUAGACCAAAUGCGCCAUAAAUGUUUGUUCCGCAAUCAUGCAAUGUUUGUGAUUUUUUAAAAUCUAGUCGUUAUAAAAAACAAUUAUGUUCAAGAUAAAAUGUAUAGCAUUUAUUGCGUAUAGAAAGGAGCAGAGUUUAAAAUUUUAAAUGCAUGAAAGUAAACCAACUGUGAUUGUCGUCAAAACUUUACAACUAUGAUGUUUUACGAAUCAUCGUGCACAACUUUUUAAUAUAAAUCAUUUUAUCAAAUUUUUAAAGUGAAGUUUAUGCAUGUAACGAGAAGACAGCAUGACUAUCAAGACAUCUGCAUUAUUUAAAUAUUUUCGAUUUUAAAUGUAACACAUUUUAAAACAUAUUUUAUGUACUAAUGUAUUAAAUAUUAAAAUAA